AUGGAAGACCCGGAUAUCCUGCCGGAGGAUCCCCCACAACCGCACCUGUCAGUACACAUGGACGACAACUUAGGUACCCUGCCGGAGGACCCCCUACAGUGUCAACCGUCGGCACACAUGGGUAAUCCAGAUGCCCUGCCGGAGGACCCCCCACAGUCGCAGCCGUUGGUACCCACAAGCCAUUCGUCAUGGCCGGCGCCAGUGCUCAGGCAGCACUCUGAGCCGCCUCACGUGCCACACUCUUCUCCAGCGUUACGUCCCGUCUUACUGCGAUCUGAGGCACCGCGAGGUCGCUUCCGUCCAGCCAAACGCCCCAGCAUCUACAGUGAUUAUCAUCUUCCCUGGCAAACCGAUCCAAUUCACCGCAUGGAUACCACGAUGCCAGACGACAAGAACAGCGGGAAUGCCGAAAUUGAAGAAGUGAAGCAAGAGGAUUUUGAGGGCGGUUACCCUUCUGAGACCCCCCAGACGGUACCAAGCGACAGUACACAGUUUGAUCAAGAAAAGCCGAAAGAUGAAAAUGUCUCCGCUAACAUCUCGGCACCUCAGGUGAUGCCGACUGUUGAUGCCGGCGCAUCCGGGUCUGCGGAGUCCAGGAGGCCCUCAAGCAUGGGUUUGGCACAAGGAGUUAUCGGUGAGGACGUGAGAGAGAGUUUACGUCUAAGGUACGGUACAUCCGGUUUUGCCUCGAUGACCCCUCGGGGACGCUCCGGACAGUGGCGUCCCAGUGCUGAAACAGGGUCGAAUUCCUCCAAAGGCUUCCUUGGCACUCAAUUGUUCGAGGCAUCUCCGAAUACUUCGUCCCAGAAACCACUUCCAUUCGUGGAGGAGUCGGACGAUGAUUCCGUCCAAAAUGGAAUCAGGAGGGUGCAUGAUGCCAGGCAACACCACCGCCAUGCAAGCCAGCGCAGAUCAGAGGAAGAAAAUGCCUUGAAAAGUCGAAUCUCGAAGUAUGCCCAAUCGUCAAAUGAUACUGAGGAGGAACAAAUGCCCUGGACCAAUUUUCAGUCUUCAGAAUAUCAACACGACGACCAGCCUAGCGAUGUGGACGGCGAGACGAUGGACGAGACACCGGAUGAGCCAAGUGGAUUGGAUCGCUAUCUAGACGACGACAUGCGCAUACCCGAACCCAGAAUGCUGACCCUCCAGAGGCAAGCCAGCUACAACAGAAAGCGGUCGGCAUCCCCUCAUGAUCGUGCCCAAUCCUACAUAAGGAAGCCUCGACCGACUUUGGAUCUGACCACUGAAGAUGUUGUCAAAGGCCUUAUCAAGGGCAACAUAGAUCGACAACGUCUCUUACAGGCAGCUAAGGACAGUACGAACGUGCAUAAAGCCUUAGAAGACACUGAACGCAAGUUGGAGGGUGCCAACGCCCGCUUGCAUGAUUACAAGCAGGCUCUGAAAGAGAAGGACUCUAAAUCAGACGUGAGACGGUUGGAAGGAGAUGUACGGGAGAAAAACCGCGAGAUUGAGAGAAGGAAGAAAGAAUUGCAAAAGAUGACGGAUAAACUGGCGGACGAGAUCAACAAAAGGGAUGGAAAGAUAGAGAAGCUGAAGGUCGCCAGGCAAGAAUCGCUUGACGAAUCCAAGAAGUUGGAGAAGGACGUCAAGAAACUUGAAUCUGAAAUCAAAGCGCAGCAAAAGGCCUUUGACCGAGCCUCCAAGGACAUCGAAGGACUCCAGACGGUAGUCUCAGAGCUGCAAAAAGUCGCCGGCAAGAAGGAUACUUAUCUUCACCUGGUAGCGUAG